CCCUCCUCUGGGAUUUCUGCGCCUGUUCAAAGUCGGAACAUCACCAGGAACAUGCAGCAAGCACCCCACGUGUUCGCCUUUGAAGGACCACGCCACUGUAUUAUAACAGACAGGCAGGCAGGCUAGCAAGCAAGGACUCUAAGAAUGAUACAUUUACGUCCCUCCAAGGCUCCAAGGCGCGGCGUUGCGAGAACAUGGGGAGUUCUCUCGGCGCUGGUGACGUGCGGGGAAGCUAGUCCGUCACAGAGUCACCGAGCUCGGCAAGGCGGGGAAGCUAACCACCAGAUCUUAGCCACGAUCGGGUGUCAUACAUGUGGCGCAUUUCUCGCCUGUUCCUCAGCACCAGCCACCGUAUUGGUCAACGGCCGUUGACAAGCCGUCUUGGCGGGGUCCUUCCCAGAUCUGAAAGCAGUCACUCACCGCCUGGAAAGACAAAGAUGCCAGAACCAAGGCGGACGCGGUCACGGCCCCUCGAGCGGGCCAGACAGCACACGUGUCGCGGGUGGGUGAUCAGGAGUGACGUACCAGCAUGGGGCGUAGUAUGUGCAGCGUGGCAGACGAAAAGCUGACAGCAAGGCGGGAGGGGGGCCACUGGUUUCGCACGUCGGCCUGCUUCACCGGCGUUCCAAUAGAAAGGCAACGAUCAUCAGGGUCCAUGCGGCGAAUAAGGGGUGCGGCGCAAAGCGUUAGGUGAUGCCUGAGGAAAUGACAUCUCGUGGCCGCGGAAUUGGCGCCGGAGCCUAAGGAGGUCAGGACGGCGCGAGGGGGGCGCGAGGGGGCGUUCCUGGAUUGGCCGAGGGAGCGCCAAGACCUUGUGCGGCUGGCUUGCGAUGGCGGUGGUGCGUUGCCCCGCACGCCUCCCAACGCGGUCUGGGUUCCAGCCCAAAGCCAGCCUCGCUUCAAGAGACGGACCUGGCCGAGGGCAGCAAAAGGAAGACACACAUUGCUCCCCCAAGAAUCGCGAGACAGAGACGGACAAGGCAAGACAGGCAACAGACACCAAGACCCCGGACCCAGAGCCGGAUAGGAAACGUCUCUCGCAGUCGUUUCCUCCAACGGCCCGCCUUUUACCAAGUCUUUAUAAGCAUGCGGUUCGGCGACAGCAUCAGAAAGCUCUUGGAAACCUACGGCAAUUGUCUCCAGCUCCUGGAGGUCUUCAGGCGCCGCACGGACGAGACAAGACCCGAGUCGGACGCGGCUUCGCUCCUCCAGAAGUCUCUCAAGUCGGAUCGCGACAAGAUCGAACGGCGAUAUGCCUCUCGGCUGAGCGAGAGCGGCAGGCGCCUCGCGCGCGGUGACGACAAGGCCAAGUCCGUCCUGCGACGGACGCUCAAGAAGCUCAACGCCGCCCUGGUCGAUCUUCUCCAUAUGGGCAAGCAUGAUGACGCGAUGCUGCCUUAUGACGCGCUUAAGCGACUGUCUAACUCGUCGCGUAUCGACGCCGUCAACGCCAUCGACCAGCUCUCGCACAGACUCGCGAGUGCACCCUCGCGGCGGUCCUUGGCAUCAUCUAGCGGGGUCGCGUCGUCGUCGUCGACGUCGGCCGACGGACAUCGACGGCGCCGGGCUUCGGCGUCGGAUGCGGGCACAUCAAUCGCCCCGCACUCGCCCACUAAGCCGCCGCCCACAAAGACGCGAAAGGACCCGGGCAAGAGGUCGUCGCGGAAGGUGUCCAAGGAGGCUGUUGCUGCUUCCAAAAAGGCCCACAGAUCAAGCGAGCCAAAGAGGGACAGCAGGAAGCUGUCGAAAAGCGUCACAUCAAGCAGCACUGCAACCGCCCCAGGUGGCGGCAGCACUGGAAGCAGUAGUGGCUUCACAGACAGCCACGCAGUCGGCGGCAGGAACAACAGCACCGCUACUGACGGCGGCACCGGCGCCGGGGCCACCAACACCGCCGCAACCACAACAGUCCCCACCGGCGUCAGCGACGCCCACGACCCGACCGUCAGCAGCAGCGGCAGCAACAGAGACAGCACCAGAACUGGCACUGGCACUAGCCCCGGGAUCAACAUCAGCACCAGCAGCGACCACGGUGACGAUAAAAAGCGCGACAGAAAGGCCGACCUGGAGGACCCCUUUCCCCUUAGGCCCAGGAGCCCGUUUCGAAGUCACCGGUUCUCGAGGAGCGUGGCCAACAGGAUGUCCAUGAUGACUGUCUCGUCGGUCAGCACCAAGCUCGGGGAGAUACCCGAGCGGCGACGGCUGCAGAGGGUGCACGGGUCCAGCGCUGCUGAGUCGGGCUCGGGCGAAGGCUCCGAAUAUAACGUGCCGCCGACCUACCCGCUGAAACCUUACAGGACCCCGCCAGGCUCAAGGGCCAAGAACAGUGGUUUCUGGGGGCUGUUCAGCAGGCGGUGACAUGUUUUGGCAUUGCGGCGCCCAUGGAAUUUUAGGCUGAUUGAGGCUGGGGGAUAGAAGCAGGGCGCCGGCAUAAAACCCACGAGCAUUCAACGAACUGCCACAGACUAAGAAAAAAAAAGAACAAAAGUCUAAGACAAGAAGAAAAAAAAAAAACGAGAAAACAGAGACAAAUCCCAGAAAAAAAAGUCUGUCAAUGCAAAAUUUGCGGUGGGUGGGACUAGAAAACCGACGCCAGGCUGCUGGUCGGGUCAGAUUUUUCUUUUUUUUUUCUUCAUCUCUCUUUGUAAACAAGCACGGAUACAGCCUGUGGCUGGGUGGGUCUGGGCGUGCAACGGCGCCAGUGGGAGGGGCCACUGCCCAGGGUCUCACGCGAGCUGCCCUGGUCAACAACGGUGGGCGAGUGAGGAGAAACCUGGAUUUUGCUUUUGCUUUCGAGGAACGACCACCGCCCACGGAUUAUUGGCCCAGCCUCGGUCUCGGCCUCGAUGCUGUCUGCACGGACGGGCCUGCGGCUUAGAGGACAGGACGGCCGUUUGCCAGAGACGAGAGAUUGAACACCGUCAACAAAGGCAAAGCAGAGAGACACGAGCCACGGUUCUGGCCAUGAACACAGAGAGUGAC